AGAAGGGUGGAAAUUUCUCAAGGAACCCCACCAAUUAAUUUGUGGAAGCCACAUCAUCUACAUUCAAUUAUCCUCUCGUUCCCUGCAAAGAGCGGUGCCUGUGGUGUCAUUUGAGGAAAUCAUACAAUUUCCCUCUGCGUGUGAUAGCUAUAUAGAGUGUUUGAUAACUUUCCAAGUAAUACACUGAGAAAAUGGUGCAAUCGAAGGUGUAUUCCAUGGAGCAAAUUGAUGUGCCGGCAAAUUUUGAGAGUAUCCUGAAAACCUACGCCAAAGCUGUGAUAAAGACGCAACCCUAUGACUUGCUCCGCUGGUCCGCCAUGUAUUUUCGGUGUCUGGCGACGGACAAGGUGCCGCCGGUGAAGGAUCGACUGGAGACGAGUUGUGAACACGGCCGCCUGACUCAGGGUUACCUCAAGGUCCUUCUCCGGCAAAUUGGCAAAGGCUUCCACGUCACCCAGGACACCCUGCAGGACUUCUGGAAGGGUCUUUGCCUCCUGGAGGAGGAUCUGCUCAAGUUCAUGUCACUCAGUCGAAUGCUCUACUGGAAUAAGAUUCACUGGCUCAAGUUGUUCGCCGUCAUGGUUGGCAGUUUGAACAAUAACUUGAAAGACACCGCCAUUAUGCUGUGCGAAUUGCUCACCGAGAGUCCCGAAGGCAGUUCCGCGCCAAUACCGCUCUGGAUGUUCAAGGAGUGCUACACUUUUAUCGCCCAACUGGACUGUUCACGCGAGCAAACACUUAUUGAUUCGAGGAAAUUGCUGGACAAUGGCGAUCUCGAGGCAGAAGUCAUCGAGCCGGGCUGCCCGAGUCUUCCGCCCACUUUGGUGGCUCUGGUGGAGCAAAUGGCCCUCGAGCGUGCCAACAGUCGCAUCGAGGGGGUGGACGAGGAGGCGCUCAAUCAGUUUCGACGGCAAGUGGACAACGUGGAGGAGAUGCUGCGAGAAAGCGGCGAUUUCAGCAAUUUGAUGUCCAUACUGAAUGAGGUGGUGCAAAGUGACGAGGUCUGCAGUGUGGUUAAUUUAAUGCCGCGCCGUGACAAACGUGCCGUGAUUGAAGAGUCAUCGGGUGAAAGCCCGGGGGCACACCUUGGCGAUGAGGCUCAUUUGUAUGCAGAGCAAGAAAAAAAGCUGAGAGAGAUUGGAUCACUCUGGUCUUGGGUGUAUCAAUUUGCCCAGUGCACAAGUGACGACGGCAACAAUAAGUCAUUUAAUUUCAUCUCAUCUCCCACCGACUUGGUCGCAUUUAAUGAAAAUUCGUGCCAGCCGCCGGAAGUUGAAUCACCAUUAGCCGCAGAGAUGGAUGCCAAGUUGACUGACGAUGCUGGUGAUUUAUUGCCCGACGCCCAUCCGCCCACAGAUGCUAAUGAAAAAGCCCCGAUCGAUACACCCAAUAUCGAUGCCAUCGACGUGGCGGCCUUCCUGCGGGAGGCAGAGUCUCGGGGCUCCUUUCAGGCCGGCGACACACCUUCCGUCCUCGCCUUCCUCCGUCGCGACGAUGCACCAAAUGAUCCUCAGCUCCAAUCACUCAGCCAGUAUCUAGAGCAAUGCACGGACACAUUUCAGGAUAUUAAUGAGCUCCUCGGUGGAUUCAUGGCACACCAGAGUCCCGCCCCCGAAGGGGUGGCGGAAAAAAUUGUCACCACUGCACAGAUGGCCACAAUGAGUCGAGAGGAUUCAUCAAUUGAUGACAAAGCGAAUACAUCUGACGAGGAAAAAAUGACACAGGAUGAUCCCAAUAUAAUUAAUGUGUUCGCCAAGAGUGGCAUCGAGGCGGAUGAGGAUUUGAUCAGAGCUGCCAUUGCUGAGCAAAUGAUACUCGGGCUCAUUGAGAAGACCAUCCGCGACUCCGAAGACACCCUGCGCGCCAUUGAUGAUGUCGCUGACACCGAAGAAGCGCCCCAAGACGCUGAGAAGAGUGAAACUAAUCAAGAGACACAGAGAGAUUCCACGCAGUCUGAUGGCAAAGUUCACGAAUCAGCGGAAGCGGAAUCCUUGGUGGAGAAAAAUGAGGGAGAACAGAUGAAGAGCUCCACUGACAAUGGAAACAGCUCUCAGGAGUCCAAGGAGUCAAACGCACCCGAGGAGAAGAGUGACCCUCCCGAGGAAGCGCCAGAAGGCGAUGCGAUGCAAUUGGAAGCGGGCGGUGGGAGUGCCUCGAUGGAGAAUGCGGAUGCACCAGAUGGGGCGCCGACGAGGAUUGAGUCAUCCGAGGCGGACCCGGACGGAAAGGAAGCGAAAGAGGGUGAUCAGAGGACUGAAAAUGACUCAAUCGAGCAGGACGUGAGGGGGAGCGAUGAAGAGAAUAAAUUGGAAUUAUCUCCGUCCAUUGACACAGGUAGUCAGGCCGCUCCACCCGAGGGGGCGGAGGCGGUGGGGUCCGAGCCAAAAAACGACCACAAGGCAACCGUGUCGGAUUCAUCGGGGGAGAGGGUGGCGUCUGCCCGGGAGGCGGGGCCGGAGAGUCCGCAUGAUUUGAAUUCUGAUUCAGGUGAAAAGGUGGCCACCGCAGAGGUGGUGAAUGGAAAUGAUUCUGUCACCGAUGCCAAUUCAGGGCCAUUAGUCAGCAAAUCAGAUCCACCGGAUGACGAGGGGGUGAAAGUGGAUGACAAGUCUGUUGAGCCACUCCAGCCUCGUCACAGUCAAUCUGGGGACAGUGAAAAGUCACGCAGUGGCGACGGGAGGCAGAGGCGGGCCUCUUACUCCUGCACAGUGGGCCCAAUCCUGGGAAUUGGUGCAGCUGUGUCACCCGGGACCAUCACUGCCCUAAUGGAGUACCUCACGGAGCGCGCCAAGGAGCAGAACGGGAUGAUUUAUCCGAGGAACUUCGACGAAGAACAAUGUCCACCAAUGUAUGAUGAUGUGAAGUAGAUAUUGUCGAGAUGAUUUAUGAACCACGCAGAAUUUCGAUUAAAUUCAACACAUGACACACGUGAGAAUAUCCUUUUAUCCAGCCACUCAUCGAGGGAUUCGUCGGACUUUUGCAUCCAUCGCACUCCUCACGAAGGUGUAGCGACCUGUA